AUGAAGGUUCAGAGAAGAGGUCUCUACGUUGAAGAAAGUGUAAUGGAUCGGCACAUUGACCAUUUUGUCAAAUCUGAAUAUCUUCGAGAGGUGUGCACUAAUUACUCCUCUCCCUACAACUCUAAUACUAAUUCCUCGCAAUCAUUUCCAAUUUUGGAAUCACUGCUGGAUGAAGAGUUGGAGAUUCCUGCACGAGCAUCUCAAAACACUCCUGAUAUAUGCAGCAGAGCAUUAACUGAUCCAACUUACUUAAAAAUCCAAUUGGAAGAGCUGAAAGUGAGAAAUCGUGGCAAUGCAAAGACAAAGGAACCAGUGACGCAAUGGGUGACGAAAUUUUCCACCAGUGAGGCCCUUGCACUGAAAUUGUCACAGGUGACAACUCCACUGUCAUCUAUGCCACAAGACAAACGUUUGCAAAGCCCUUGCAUAUUCAACCAAUAUUUCCAAGGAGCUCAAUGCACUUGUUCGACAGAAAACUUUCAACAAUCUUNAACACUCCAGAGGUACCUCUUCGUCCUCCUUCUCAUCCUCCUCCUCCUCGUCCUUCUCCUUCUCCUUCUCGUCCUUACAUACUAUGACCGUCGAUCGAGUCGCCGAAUUCGCUCUCACAGCAGGGAUUAUCAUCGUGGCUGUCAGAGGAGACGAUAUGAAGUAGAUUCUGGUCGAGAAUACGGUGGUCGCAGUGGUCGUUGCUCUCGACGACAUGGAUCAAGAGAAAGUCAUCACGAGUGUUCUCGUGUUCGAAGUCCAAUCUCAGAAAUUUCUCCCAGGCAGACUUUGAAUGCCCCAGAAUCCUCAUCACGUUCGAGACGGAAGGCAGCAACUAGGAAGACAGACGACGUGGAGGUGGAGGAGGAGGAGGAGGAGGAGGUGAUGGUGGAGGAAAGAAGUCCCAUCGAAGCAUUCAUCGCAGCAGGCGUCAUCCUCGACUACCAACACCACGUGGGAAUCGAUCACCUUCAACAUCUCAAAGAUCUCAUCUUCCUGAAGUUGGGAUUUAUUCAUCUUCGACGAAACCUGUUAAUCCGCUAA